AUGGGCCGCCACGCCAAGUCCCGCUCGCUCGCGAGCCGCAAGCGCGAGAAGAACAUGAGCGGCGCGCUGCUCGAGAAUGCGUACCGCGUUGAUACCAAGGACGUCGUUCCCUUCAAGGCGUCGUGGGACACGCAGGUGCCGCGCAAGAUGCGGCAGAUGAUGCACGCGGUGCAGCUCGUGCAGCAGGGCGCGUCGGCCGAGCGGCGGCCGCGCCACAUCGAGGACACGGGCGAGCGGAGGCCGUCCAAGAAGCAAAGGCAGCAGGCGCAGCAGCAGGCGCAGGCGCAGCAGGCGGAGGCGGGGGCGGCGAGCGGCAGUGAGCGAGGCGGCGCGCAGCACGGCCCCGCGCCGAAGCCUCCCGCCAAGAAGAAGAGGCGGCGCCAAGAAGAGGAGGGCGGCGGCGAGGCGGCAAACGAGAGAGGGCCGCCGCAGGAGCCGCACGCGCCCGUCAAGCCGCGGAAGCCGAAGGCGGAGGUCGCGGCGAGGCUCCCUCGCUUCGGCGAGACCAACGCCGCGCCGCCCGAGCUCCAGAUCAAGGGCGUGCUCGCGCGCAAGUCGCCCCACAAGACUGCGGCCGCCGACGCGCUCGCUCGGCAGCGCGAGGCGGUGCUCGAGAGCUACCGUGCGGCGAAGCAGCGGCGCGGCGGAGGCGACGGCGGCUUCGACGCGGCGGUGGGUGCGGCGCGGAUCGCGGGGUAG